CUAGAGCGGCAAGGUGUGCCGGCGCAGGGCGGCACCAUUUGUUGCCAUGGUAACCAGAGCCACUGGGAGCACGCGCUAGUGUCUCGAUCCCACGUUAUCUCUGCCAGACACGGGCACUCUAUGUAACGCGGGCGCACAUCAAAUCGAAGUCUUUAGGGGGUCUCCAAUGGCUUCGAAGGAAAGGGUGGACACAGUGAUCAAAGGAACAGGGUUUGGGCGCAGCCCCAAGCUGGCCACUUACACACCAGGAACGUGCGAGCUGCUCAAAGCAAUGAUGAAGGAAUCGAAACUGACUAACUUCCAACAGCGCCACCUCAUGGACAGCAUAAAAAGAGGAGACCCUCUGCCCCUACGGUGCAGCCCAACGUCAAGCCAGACAGCCUCACCUUCCAAGCAGCCAGCCUCGGCCAUCUACCUGCCUCCCAUCCUGACAGCCCGGUCCCACCUCCGGCCGGCCAGCCUGUGCCAGGCCAACGGGGCCUACAGCCGCGAGCAGUUCAAGCCUCAAGCUACCAGAGAUCUGGAGAAGGAGAAACGAAGACUCCAAAAUAUCUUUGCCACUGGGAAGGACCCAGAGGAAAGGAAAAGAAAGGGCACUCCUGUGCCGCAAGAGGAGCCAGCCCCUGAGGCAGACCGGUUUGAAGAACGUGAGCCAUGUGUUGUUGGUGAGGGAAAUCCAGGAGAGAAAGGAAUUCCUGGCCACCAUGGAGGCCCUGGGUCAAGGCAAGCAAUACCAAAGGAUCAUCCUCACCGAGAUCUCUCAGGUAGGAUGAACGAAACCAAGUCUGGUUUCACCGCCGCUGUCCUCCCGGCCAUGUGUAGAGCACAGAUGGGAGGCGAAACCAUGGAGCACUGUGGCUAAAGUCACAUGGAGUCUCAAGCUCUGGCCAGAAUGAUGGUGGCUUCUCCAGCCCCUACCCACACCCGCUUUCCCUGAUCCCUUUUGCAGAAAAUACGGGAAAUGGAAGACAUUGACCACAAGAGGAGUGAGGCACUUAGGAAGGCUCUGGCCACCACCUAAUCAGAGAUGGGGCAGGGCAGCCCACUCUGGACAGCCAGACCCCACCCCUUGGCAGGGCAGGGCAGGGCCAUCCUCACGUCAGCCCACCUGUACUGGCCUUCAGCCACAUCAAAAGAUGCUCAACACUCCCCUGCCUGACAGCAUGGGGCAAACAGUGCCCCGGACACCACCUGGAAUGCUGCAGCCACUGGUGGAGCCUCUGAGCCACCGACAGUCACAGGCACAGACUUCAAGUCCUUUCUCAGUGACAGCAAGGCCCAGGUCUCACCCCCAUGGACGCCUAUCACAAGGCAUCCAGCGGCUCUCUCCCUACCACCUCCAGCCUCUGUGUGUCCUGCUCAUUUCGUUUCUGAACGUAGGAAUGAAGAUGAGGCCUUCUUCCACCUGUCUUAGGCCCUGCCUAUUUCAUUUCUUAUAACCUUGGGCAAAUGUUUAACCACAGCAAUUAAUUGGCCAAUAAAACAUAUUUAACUUGG